AUGGCAAACGAGGCGCCAGAUCCUCGCGCCUUCCAGUCAUGGGAGGAUGCCUUCCAAUACCCCAUUCCCACGGUGCGGAAGCUCGAACAGCAGCUCCGUACCAUCGCCGAUGAUAAUCGCGAGAAGCUGCGGUCACUCGUGGGGACAAGUUACCGCAGCCUCCUCGACACCGCCGAAACUAUUAUCGACAUGGAAACGCAGAUGGAUCAGGUGGAAUCGAAGCUCAGCCGCAUAGGCCAGAACUGCAACUCCAGGGUCCUGGACAAAGCCUGUACAAAUGCGCUCAAUAUGGACACACAUGCAAGAGGAAGUGAUGUCGAGCGGUACACAUUUGCAUCCCAGCUCUCGGUCCUACGAAGCGCGCCUACCGUCAAGUCACGACUCAUGCGGAAGGACGACCAGCACUUGCUGAUCGCCAAAGUCCUUGUGAUCUCUCGCCUCGUACAUAAAGCUCUUAGCCAGUCGAAGGUCAAGCCACCGCUUGUGGAUCAGCUAUGGGAGAAGUUACUUUCAGCACGGAGAAAGUUACUGCGAAGGAUCGACAGACGGCUGGCGAGUGCUACCGGGGAAACUGCGAGCUUGGUGGAGAGCAUGUGCGCGUAUGCCCUGGCCACCAGCUCCGCCCCGUCUGACGUACUGAAGCACUUCCACAAAGUGCGGAGGGAAAAGAUGGUGAGCGGACUGAAAAAGGGAGCAGAUGGGCUUGCCAAGAGAGGAAUCGACGCUCUCCGACUGUGCAUUCAGACAUGUCAGGAUUCCCAGACGAUAUUUCCGCGAAAGCUGGCUGAAGCUCUUGCGAAGCUAAAGGCUCAUCCCUUGAUUCAGGAUCCAGAAAUACGCAGUUUGUACGAGCUGAAUCUGGACGUUCAUGAUCGCUGGAUUGGCGAAGAGGUGCGGAGCUACACUCCAUGGCCGCGCCACGAUGAGCUGCAGCGACCAGAAGCCGAGAGAAUAUUGCAUCGCUGGUCGAAAGAUACAAUCGCAGCUUUCUUGAAGGAGGUGAAGACUGCUCUUGAAGGAGAGAGUCGAUUGGCAGAAGUGGCAAGCUUACGACAAGAGCUGAUUGAGACGUGGAUGUUAUCUGGUCCACGCAUGGCAGGAGUCAAGUUUGCGAAUGUACUCGACGAUUUGCGCGACACGAUGAACGAGAAGCUCGAAGCUAUUGUGCGAGCACGCACCCAAGCACUCCAGGGCGUAGUGGCCGAGCUUAUGGUCGGCUUGGACACAUUGCCCACAGACAGCGACGCACCUGGCUUGUCGCUGUGGCACAGCACAACUAAUGGCAAGGAUUUGAGUGAUGGCGCGCAGGCUUUUAAAACAACCAUACUCAAUACGCACCAGGGGCGUGACCAAGCCACCCUGGGUGUGACUGCUGCUUUCGACAAAUGGAUGGAUUCUGUGCUUGAAGUCAAGGGCAUAGUGAAGAGCAUGAAGGAAGCGCGUUGGGAUGACAUUUUUGCCGACGACAUUGAGGAGGAUUCGGAUGACGAUCUAGGCGACUCGAAGCAGGCAUUACUCAGCGCUGAUGACCCUCGGCUGUUGGAAGAUGUUACACACGAAGCACUCGGCGAGUCAUUGCAGAACCUGGGGAAGAGUUUUGCACACGUCACACAGAAGGCGACCGACGCUGAGCAGGAUGGCUCUGUACGCAAGGCCAUCUUCGUCCUACGUGUUGUGCGUGAAUUCGGUGAUCGCAUACACCGGCUGCGCCUUCAGGAACGGUCUUCGGCAUUACCAACACCUUUUACAUCUCAUGUUCUGGAGCCGCUGCAUACCGUCCUCGCUGCGCAUGUCGCGCAGCUGACACUGCCAUCAUUGGAGUCUUUCCUUACUGCGUCGGUGAAGAGUACGACCCAGACACACAUCUUAUGGGAAGGUCAUCCGCCAUUACCCAGCCAGCCGUCGCCGAGCGCAUUCCGAUUCUUGCGGGAACUGAACCGGACAAUGGCACGCUUAGGCAGCGAUCUGUGGGCUCCUGCUGGGGUCUCAGCUGCUAAGAAGAAGAUAUCCAUAGAUAUCAAGUGCCUGCUGGAGAAGCAUGUCGCAGCCAUCAAUGCUUCACACUCGCAGGGGACAAACAUUGAUGACACCGAGCCUGGCGAGUCGAACGGUACGAAUGGCGUGGGCAAGGACAGCGAGGUCGAUGCUGAGAACGGGGCGACUUCUUUGCAGAACAACAAACUCAGGGAUCAAAGACUGAAGCAGCUGGCAUUCGAUGCGCUCUACCUGCAACGAUUCUUCGGCGACGACGCCAAGUCGACCCAAGCUACAGAUGAAUUGACCAAGAAGAUCGAUAUGGCCGAUCUGGAUGAGGCCGCAGUCCAGAGGUUGAAGAAGAACGCGGCAGAGUACGCGAAGAAGACAUACCUUCUAUUCGCUCUUUUAGCUUGA